GCAAAAUUACCAAAAAGAGAUGAUAAGCAACCAUAAAGAGAUGCAUAACUACAAGAAAGAGACACCACAUGGCUACACAAACAGAUGCAAAACAACCACAAAGAUAUGCUUUACUACGUCAAAGAGAAACAACAACUAAGUCUUAGACUACAAAGAGAAACAAAACACCCACAUAAGACAUGUUUGCAUCGUUCAUCCAUCCAUCUUUCCGCCACUGUAGCAACAACAGUCACUUCUCAUUCAGCCUGAGGGUCUUGCUCCUGUGUAGGGGGGCGGUGGGGGCCCUUUAGCAUGCUUGCCCACAGCAGCCCAUUGUCUCAUAAUCCGUCCAUGGUUUGAUGUACUUCUAAAGUAGCUACACCUGCCAGCCAGCCGUUCAUACAAACAAGUGUUACUCGUGAUAAUGGUGUAAUUAUUUAAAACGUUGACAGCUCUGGUUAAAAUAGCGACAUAAAAGCGCUCAGACAUUACUUCGACUGUAUUUUGAAUCGUUCCCUUUGCCCUUGUCAUGCCGUGGAAGACUCAUUGCGCGUGCGUGGUUCCCACUACCGCGCGCGGUUGUCCGGUGGAGCAGCAGCAGCAGCAACAGGAACAGAGAAGAGUGUGAGUGUGUGUGUGUGUGUGUCUAGGAAGAGUGUGUGCAGCCACCGGAGCCGCUUCACAGCAGCGGGGUUUCCCUCCUCGCCGAACUGGUCUUUGUUUUUGCAGAGGAGAAGAAAGGAGCACGAGUCUUUUCGCCAUGGCUAAGUCGCCAACUUUUUGAUGUUGCAACUGAAAUUUAUUGCAGUCAUUCAUGAAUGUGAAGAUGCCACUUUCUGACCCCACAGAUACCCUCAUCUCUAGAGCCUUCCCCUUGGACUUCUUUUCCACAAGUGUACACCCUACAGAGCCCUACACAGCGGACAGCUUUAUCGCCAGUGCCAGUAACAUCAGCAACACCAGCGGGAUAGGCAUCCUUCGCUGCACCUAUAAGGAAGACUUUAAACGUAUUUUACUCCCUGCUGUGUACACUUUUGUCUUCCUGCUCGGCCUUCCUCUCAAUGCUGUUGUCAUACUGAAGAUAUGGAGGACGAGGCCCAAUCUGUCCAAAAACAACAUCUAUAUGCUCAACUUGGCUAUAGCCGACUUUCUGUAUGUGAUGUCACUGCCCUUGCUCAUCUACAACUAUGCCAGUCAUGACUACUGGCCCUUUGGGGAGUUUGCCUGUAAGCUGGUCCGGUUUCAGUUCUAUAGUAAUCUGCAUGGCAGCAUCCUCUUCCUCACCUGCAUCAGUGUGCAGCGCUAUGUUGGCAUUUGCCAUCCUUUUGCGAUGUGGCACAAGCAGGGUGGUCGCAAGAUGACGUGGUGUAUCUGUGUAGGGGUUUGGCUGGUGGUCGCCGUCCUAUGUGCGCCAACGAUUCACUUCGCUGCGACAGGAAUCCAGCGCAACCGCACAGUGUGCUAUGAUUUAAGUCCACCAAAGCUUUCAGUAGACUACUAUCCUUAUGGCAUGACUCUGACCUGCCUUGGCUUCUUGUUGCCUUUUAUGGGUGUGAUGGUGUGCUACUGCCGGAUGGCCCAGAUCCUCUGCCGCCCAGUGUCCUACCAGGGUGUCUCCAUGGCGACUGGGGAGAAACGGGACAAGGCCGUGAGGAUGAUCAUUGUGGUGGCGGCAGUGUUCUGCAUAAGCUUCCUGCCAUUUCACCUCACCAAGACCAUGUACCUGGUGAUACGCACUCUGCCCAGUGCGCCCUGUGAGACGAGGAACUUGUUUUCAAUCAUCUAUAAGAGCACCAGGCCGUUUGCCAGCAUGAACAGCUUCCUGGACCCUAUUCUGUUUUACUUCACUCAGCCACAAUACCGAAAGAGCACCAGAAGGUUUGUACUUAGAGUCACCACUCUCAGGGACAAGGGCACCAGUGUGUGAGCAAACAGGAAAUCAUAUAUUGCAACAGUGUUUCUAAAAGUCUUGUUGGUACACCAGUGACGGAGCCCGCUGCAAAGUGGAACAUGUAUUGGUUGCUGAGUUCUUCAAACACUGUUCCUCAUUUUAUUGUACAUGUAUUGAAAGCUGUUCUUCAAGCUUUUAACUGUUACUCACUGUAACAAAGAACUGUACCUUCCUAAGAGGAUCUAACAGAUUUAGAGGGACUGGCAUAUCAAGAAGCCUUCUGAAAUACAGCAUGAAGGUUGUGAUCUUGUAAUGUGGAAGGUAAACGGACUGAAAAAAGUAUGAGGUGAAAAAUCAUAUCCUCCUCCUACUUACAUUAUCUUGAAUUGGCCUUACCCAGCACAGACUAUGGGUGUAUUUUAAUUGGGUGAAUUCAUGCAUUUUGGACACUUGUUGAUUCUGUAAUGUCUUUAUUUAAUAAUUUUCUUGGCUGAGGAAUACAUGCGCUGAUUAUAUUGUCAGCAAUUCAAAGCAUUCACAUUGUGCAUUAUCUGUGAGAUGUUUGCUUUUAGCAUCUGCUGCACUGGGUAGUAAAGAAGAAGCUUUUAUCUUUUUUUUGUAAAUUAGAUUUUUUUUUUUUUUUUGUUUGUUUCACACUGUGAAUUGUACGGUAAAAAAAUAAAUCCUCUAACAUAGUAACUCCAGCAGGUCCCCACAGAUUAUGCAGGACUUUGCAUGGAAGAGGAUUUUUAGUUGAUAUGGAGAUAUACAUGGUGAAAGAGAGAAGGACAGAAAAACUGAUUCAACUUUUUGGGAUAAAAUUAUUACUAGUAAGCAAUGUAAAAUGCUGAAAGUGACUGUAAAUGUUUAUGGCUGCAUGUUGGAACUGCAUGAAGUACUUGUGUGUGGAAAUGAACUGGUACUGGGGAGAAACACACCGCAAAAACAGAAUUGCAAAAACAUAGCAGUUGAAGUAGUGAGAAUAAGAUUGAAAUUAAUAAUGUACGUGCAUUUUUAUUCAAAUUAGAAUUAUACUUUCACAUGAAGGUCUCCACUGUUUUUCCCUUCAAAUGACAUGUUUCAACAAGAUUCAAGCUGUAAAGCCUGUUGUUGCAUGUUUUUCACCACUGGAUGGUGUUUGUGCCCCACUACUGGAACAGCACUGCACUGAAAUGUUGGCUCUGUCCUUUCUAAAAGGAGGAGUUCUUUAUUUACAUAUUAUCCAGUAAAGAUUAAAUCCAAUUUACAACUGUUAGGGGUAAACAGAUGCCAACAAAACUGUUCAGUAAAUAUCCAGCUCAUAGCACAUGAAAUAUGCCAUUAAUGUAUGUUUUUCCCACAUAUUCUCUGAGUUCUCAUGUAAACAAAGGAAUCCAACAGAGGUGUCUAUACAUUGAUACAUUUUAAAUCCUUAUCAAACGCAUUAGAUGCUCAGAGGGAAGGAAAAAUGCAAUUUGUGAACCUUAGGGCAGGGUCUAAGUUAAGGGAGAAUCCUGCUGUUUUCCCACUUCCUGCGAGUGUGUGAAUCAUUCUCAUGAAAUUAGGAUUUCCAGACCAAGAAAUCUGUCGAUGGAUGUACAGGUUAGAGAGAUAAUAGAAUAAUGAAAAGAUAGUAGGGAACGGAGAUGUUUCUGAAAAAACACUCUUAAAGGGGGUACCAUAGAGUGCCUGUGAGUUUUGUUGUACUUAGUUUACUGUUUUGAUAUCUCUAACUAGAUACAGGACAGUCUCAAUUUGUAAAGUCUGUACAAUGGAGGAAAUUGUCAUCUUAAACUUCCUCUACUGUUUCUUAUGGAAUUAUACCAUACUGAGUUUAUGGUUUGGUAAUCUGCAAUGUUCAUGAAAUGAACAUAAAUGCAUGUAAAUGCGAAGACGGAUUUUGUUUGUUGUUGCAUUUGUUGUGGUAUUUGUUGUAUUUUGUCAUGGAGUAGUGUUAAUUUAUAUGCAUUCAAAUUUUUAUGUUUUUCGUUGUACUUAUUUGACCAGUUACAAACCGUAAUUUAUACACACCGUAAAGAAAACAAUGGAAUUUAUUUUUUAUUGCUGCCCUUCAUGUUCCCUCAAUCUGUUUUGUCUAGACUGCAGUAGAGGCUCAGACAAGUACUUUUUCACAACUUAAGUAAAGAUUUGUCUUCUCCGUGUAGCGUCCCUAGAAACAGUGAAUCUUAGCCCUGUGAUGAUAUUUCGACACUUCAGAUCUUAUUCCCAUAAGGAUUAGUAAAUCUUUGUAUGAAUUUGACCUCAUUUUGCAUUGCACUUAUUAGUAAUUGUGGUGUUUAGCUUAUGAGGUGAUUGGGUGGUGUUGGAUACUGAAUGUGUUAACUGAAGUAAUUCAGUGUUGUUGUUCCAAAUUAAACUGAAAUGACUAAAAUAAUUUUUAUUUUCUUAGAAUAAUCUAACUGUACUACCUAAACAGUUCAAACGUGUAACUGCACUUUGAGUUUUUCACCCAUGAGGGAAAAAUAUUAUAAUUGUGAAUAUUGGUUUAAUGUGAACAUGUAAUUUUGAAGCAUUUUAGAUGCAAAGGACAUUUUGACCACAACAUGAGGUCAUGUGCUCUGUAAUGUGUGUAUGUCUGUACAGCGUGCAUAUUCAGUGAUGUAGUAAAUAGAAUAUUGUGCUCCUGGCUUCCGCAAAAAGUGGCUGCGCAGUCUUGUUGUUUUUGUGUCUGUUUGGUCAAAUAUUUGCGAUAUUUCUGAUUUAUUUUUUCCACACAACUUUCUGUAACAUGUUGAGUGUGUGUGGUCAGUUUAGAGAGAUCCAGAUGUCUGUGUAUUGUGCCAACAUAUUGUUUCAGUCAGUAUUAUUAAGAAGAACUCUUAUUUUUGUACAAUAAUGUAUCACAAAAAUAGAAUUUAUUUUUGUCAUGUAGAGAUAAUUAUGCUGAUGAAAUAGCAACAUUUAUGUUUUUUAGAUAAUUUUUCUUACCGUGCAGUCCCCUUGAGUUGCUUGUGAAAAUGUUUUGGUUGUUGUCAUAAUGUAAAACUAAAUGAAAGCAGGCAUUAAAAAAGUAAUUGUGAGCAA